UCAAAUAACAGCAAACUAAACGAAAUCAUUUUUAUGUUUUUCUAUUCGCAAAUUGCAGCGAAUUUUUGGUGCUUUUCUUUUUGUUUUUCGUUAAGAAAAGACGCGCUCCCAUAGAAGAUUCGAGAGUCCAAGGAUAAAGGAAAAGAAAUUCCUUGAUGUUUCUUGUGCUGCAAAUGGAAAAUGAGCAGUCAAAGUCACCAUAAAAUGUCCGGUCAUACCCCAAAGAAGCAACGCACCGAUGAAAUUGAAUUAACUGAACGAUUCUCUGAACAAAUGGCACAACUAUGCAUGUCGGAUGAUUACUCCGAUGUUGCAUUCAUUGUGGAAGACCAACGCUUGCCAGCACAUCGUGUGAUUUUGGCUGCCCGGAGCGAGUACUUCCGUGCCCUGCUCUAUGGCGGUCUAUCUGAGACAAAUCAAAGUGAGAUCAAACUUAAAAUACCACUGGAGGCCUUCAAGGCGCUCCUUAAGUACGUCUAUUCAGGACAUAUGCCCCUUUCCCAGAUGGGUGACAAUAAUAUCCUAGACACUCUGGGCCUAGCCAAUCAGUAUGGUUUCACAGAAUUGGAAUUAGCCAUCUCCGAGUAUCUGCGGCAGUACAUAUCGCUGUCGAAUGUGUGCGCAAUUUUAGACGCUGCAAGGUUGUACAAUUUGGAGAAACUGGUAAAUGUCUGUUUGACGUUUAUGGAUCGUAAUGCGGCGGAAAUUCUUCAACAUGAGUCCUUUCGAGGAUUGUCAAAGGAAUCCUUAGAGGAAGUUUUAAAACGGGACUCGUUCUUUGCACCAGAAGUCCAGAUAUUUAUUGCCGUAAACGAGUGGUGCAAGCAGAAUUCAAAUAUCGACGUUGGGACGGUUGUGUCAUAUGUACGCUUGCCGCUCAUCCAUCUGGAACACCUACUGCAAGUCGUUCGACAAUCCGGCAUCCUUGGUCCCGAUAAACUUCUAGACGCCAUCGAAGAACAAACAACAUCCAAGUCCCUACCCUACCGUGGUACCCUUUUUCCCGAGGAGAAUGUUGCUACCGAGAAAUUCGGUUCAAUGACAAUUUUGGGCGAAUGCCGUUCGGUUCUGCUGGACGGUGAUUCAACAUCCUAUGACAUGGAAAAAGGCUACACGCGCCAUUGCAUCACUGACCAGAAUAAUGUGGGCAUAACAGUUGAAUUGGGCAACAACUGCAUCAUCAAUCACAUCAAAAUGCUACUCUGGGAUCGUGACAAUCGCGCCUAUUCGUACUUCAUCGAAGUAUCGGUCAAUCAGAAACACUGGGAGCGUGUAAUUGACUACACCAAAUAUCACUGCCGUUCGUGGCAGUAUCUGUAUUUCGAGCCCAGAGCUGUGCGCUACAUUAAGCUAGUUGGGACGCACAACACCGUCAAUAAAGUAUUCCAUGUUGUCUGCCUCGAGGCUAUGUACACAGCCAAUAUGCCAAAAGUUAUCGAUGGAUUUGUAGCGCCCACAUCGAAUAUAGCCACGAUUGAGAUGAGUGCCACGGUUGUGGAGGGUGUGAGUCGGACUAGAAAUGCUCUGCUCAAUGGAGAUUUUGUUAAUUACGACUGGGAUUCGGGCUAUACGUGCCAUCAAUUGGGCAGUGGGGAGAUCCUGGUGCGAUUGGGUCAGCCGUAUUAUAUUGGAUCGAUGCGGUUGCUGUUGUGGGAUUGUGACCAGAGGACUUAUAACUUUUACAUUGAGACUUCGGUGAAUCAGAAGGAUUGGCAGAUUGUGGUUGAUAAACGCACGGAAUCGGCGAAGUCAUGGCAGAACUUUGCAUUCCCUCCCAGGCCGAUGGUAUUUAUUCGGAUUGUUGGAACUAGAAAUACAGCUAAUGAGAUCUUCCAUUGUGUCCACUUGGAAUGUCCAUCACAAGACCCGUUGUUCCUUCAGCAGGAGAAGGAGCGAAAGCGCGCCAAUUCCAAAGUCGCCGAAGAAGAUAAUCUAAUCCAGCUUGUUGAUAUGGCCAAACCAUCAAAACCAUUUGUCCCCGAAGGAAGUGUAUCCGAAGCCUCGACUGCAAGUUAUUGUGAAGACAGCGAUUAAACAAAAAACACGAUUGAUAUUCCAAAAGAAGAGCUACAUAAAAAUAAUACAAAAACAAAAAAAGCAAACAAACCUGUACCAAAUGUAUUGAUACCAUUUCCAGAGGUCAAACCGUUAGAAGAUAAGUAAGCGGAGUAAGCAGAGAGCGGAAGCGGAUAGAAAACCAAAAGAAAAAAAGACGCAGAUUUUUUUCAAUAAGAUUCUGAAUCUCAAUUGACAUGCCACAGGAUUUCCCCAUUAGACCUGAAUUCUUCAAUGAUAUUCCAUUAAAACAAAUUAUUAAAAAUAUGAUAUUAUCAAAAUAUGUUAUAGAGCAUAAAACAAAGGUGCCACGCGCUUAAUAUUUAUUUAGAUUGAGCUUUUAAUCUUUUAUUCCCAUUUUGUUCUUGUCGCGGAUCUGUAUAAAAAUAUUGUUAAAGGCUUUAAUCAGACAUUUUUGAUGCAACAAGUGAUAGUCAACAUCCUCAUCGUCAUCAGCUAAAGGGUUGUAUUGUAUUUUUCAAAAGCCAGCUAAGACUUUCUUUUUUAUGUUUUUCUUUGUAAUUUUAGAAGACUAUCGCUUGUUGUGUUGUUUAUUGCAUAUUUACAUAUUUAUUAUAACGAGUCAUGUUCAAUUUAAAUUUUAUUAUUGCAACAAUAAUUAUGAGGGUUGGAAUUCAGAAAAACCAUAGAACUGUUUACAGAUUUUUUAUAUUACACACAAAACAUGUUAACAUGUUUCGUGCAAAAGUUAUAUCCAUUGAAAAACAUUUCCUUUUUCUCUUCUUAAUAGAUUUAAAACAAAAGAAAAUUGUAUGUUAUAAUUUGUUGCAUCGAUAUGGAAAUAUAUAUUAUAGAGAGAUUA